AUGACGACUCAACACGACGCCAUCGCAGCGUUGCUAUGCACGCUUGCUCUGGUGCUUGUGGCGCUCAUGCCUGUGGCUGGCUCGACCCGUUCGGCUACGUUCCCGACAGCCUCUGCCGGGCGGCGGUACCGAGCAGCGGCGGUGGAACGGGCGCCGAUUGUGGGGCACGAUGGAAUGGAUGUGGCGGCGGCGGAGAAGCUAAUGCUGGCCAAUUUAGAUGAGAUCAACGUCGCGGUGGGCAUGGCUGCUGGGCGCGGUGCUGAUCUGGUUGUGCUUCCGGAAGACAAUCUGUAUGGCGCCGGAUACUCGGCUGCGGGCAUCGCGCCGUUUCUGGCCAUCCUGCCUGCUGCGCGCCAGCUGGCGGACCAUGUUAUUGUCCCAUGCACCAACGCGACAAUGUGGGCAGACGCAGUGGCGGCGGCUCGCGCAUCGUGCAUUGCGCGCGAUCACGGCGUGGUGCUGGUGCUGGACAUGGCCGAGCAGGUGGCGUGUCUCCCGAACGAGCGCUGCCCGCCGAUCGGGUAUUGGGCGUACAACACCCAGAUCGCUCUGGAUGCCGAUGGCCGGCUGCUGGCCAAGUACCACAAGCUGCACCUGUACUACGAGGCACAGUUUGAUGUGCCCACAACUUGGGCGCCGGUCUGGUUCACGCCGGCGAAGCUGGACGUCACCUUUGGCAUGAUGGUCUGCUUUGACCUGCUCUUUGCACGGCCAGCCAACGGCGACAUUGCCGCCGGCAUCACCGACUUUGUCUUCUCCUCGUUUUGGGUCAACGAGCCGCCGCUGCUCACCCUCCCGGCCGUACUGCGCGGGUGGAGCUCUGCGCACAAUGCAUCGAUUGUUGCCGCCGGUACCGGCUCGUCGUGGUACAACUCGGGCUCGGGUCUCUUCUCACGCGGCAAGACACUUGCAUCUUGGUACAAUCCGGGAUGGCAGGGCGAGACACAAGUUCUUGUCCACGAUGUAGUGACUUUUGGCGCGGUGCUGCCGCCGUUGGUCGCGCCGCCGCCAUCCCCAUUCCGCUUUCCGGCAUGCGGCAAGCGCUCAAGCCCAAUGGUGACGACGUUUAAUGUGACCGCCUCGUCUUCUGGGACCGCCACCGCGCACGCCGGAGGUGUGACUUGCACCGCCAGAUACCGCGUCUCGGAAACAUCGACUGCUUCCGAGAUCUACGCUGUCGUUGCGCUCGACGGCUGCUUCUCGCCGGUGCUGGAAGCCCGAGUCUGUGGGCUGGUCCGCUGCCUCUCUGCAGAAGCCUGCCUCAACACCGGGCUGCUUGCGGCAAACACAAGCUUUGCGAGCCUUACAAUGACAGCACAUCUGGCUGCGGGACUCAACGAUGGAGAUCUUGUUUUUGGCCUUGCAUCUGCCUCCAACGGCGUGCCGCUCGACUCGCAGCUGUACAGCGAGCAUCGCAGCGCGACCAUGGCAACGAUGGCGUCGACGGGCACCUUGGACAACGUUGUCUCGUUCUCCAUGUUUAUCCGCAACGAGUGGAUGCCCAACUGACUCCCCCCUCCCCCCCCCUCCCCCCUGGCAAGGUCAUGAUCUCGCUCAUUAUCCGCAACGAAUUGAUGCCCCC